UCAUUCAGUGAAGUUUCUGAAUAUCUUAAAUCUACAGAGCAUAGAGAUAAAAUAUAACUGUUGAAUCGUUUUUUUUUUUGGGUUAUUUGCGGCAAAACCCCCUAAAGUAGAGAGGGUUUUGCACAUAACCCCCAAAUCUAAAAUUUUGGUGGUAAUACUACCUAAACCACUGGUCCGUUAGCAAAUACACUCCCCCGUCUAACUGACCCCGUUUUCUGCUUAUGUGGCUGGUUAGCCCAAGUGCCCAGUCAGCAAAUCGAAAUUACGUGGCAUUGUACCGUUUAAAACCUUGGUCUUUAACUGAAAAUUAAAAUUUAAUUAAUACAUUAACUAAAUAAAAUCAAAUACCCCAUUAAACACAAAUCCACUUUACCAGAAUCAAACCCCCAAACCCAGAUGUCACACCCAUUUUAAAUCAAAGAAAAUCGAGGGAAGGGGGUCGAAAUCAAAGAAGAAGAUUAAGGUCCAUAAAUUUCGAAGGGUUGGGGUACUCUUACCUGGUUUCAUCCUCCAUUGUCGAAGGGGAAGAACAAAGCUACUGAAUAUGUCGACGGGGCCUCACCUCUGCCGAUGUGAUCCCCCUAGGGUUGCAGAGAUGAAAACAUCUUGGACGAAUAAGAAUCCUGGGCGAAGGUUCGUUAGAUGCCCAUUCCAUCAGCAAGAACAAGGGUGUAAUUUUUGGAUGUGGUAUGACCCACCCAUGUGUGAACGAGCCUUGGUUGUCAUUCCUGGACUGCUAAGGAAGAUUCGAAAUUUGGAGAUGGAAGUUUCCAAUUUAUCUGAAGCUUGUAACAGCAAAGAAGGACAUGAAUCUGUGGAGAACUACAUUAACAACAAAGAACAAAAUGAAUGUGUGGAGAGUUGUCAUGAAAGCACUCCCACCAUGGUUGGCUAUCCAAAUGCAAGGCAAACCUGUGAAUGUCAAAGGAGUGGAAAUAUUAGAUGUUUUGUAAUAUGUAUUGCAAUAUGUAUGUUAUUUUAUUUUUUCAAAUCAUGAACAAUGAUGUGUAACUGAAUGGAUAAGUUACUGUGACUGUGGUUGAUCAAUCAAAGAGUAAGAAAUGUAGUCAUUUUUGCUUUAAUAUAAUCCCCUUUUCCAUAAGU